GGGGGCGGGGCUCUCCCGGGCCGCCGCCGCUGCUGCCGCCGCCGCCGCCGCCGCCGCCGCCUCCGUCCCCGCCGCCGCGCAUUGUGCAGCAGGCGGCCCCCGCGCGGCAGGGCCCUGGACCCGCGCGCCUCCUGGGGAUGGUGAGCAAGGCGCUCCUGCGCCUCGUGUCUGCCGUCAAUCGCAGGAGGAUGAAGCUGCUGCUGGGCAUCGCGCUGCUCGCCUACGUAGCCUCUGUGUGGGGCAACUUCGUUAAUAUGAGUAAAAAUAAAAGAGCAGCGAUCACAAUUGCGGUGCUGGUGGUGGGCUUGGCAGUCAGAUGCCCCUGCACUGGGCUACUAAGGUCUAUCCAGGAAAAUGGCGAACUCAAAAUCGAGAGCAAGAUCGAAGAGAUCGUUGAACCACUGAGAGAGAAAAUCAGAGAUUUGGAAAAAAGCUUCACCCAGAAAUACCCGCCAGUAAAAUUUUUAUCAGAAAAGGACCGUAAAAGAAUUUUGUCUCUGUGUACUUCUGGUUUCCUCCCAUUCUCCCGAACUUGUUUAUGCUGGCUGACUGGAGGACUGGUGAACAUAACCGGAGGAGCGGGCUUCGUGGGCUCCCACCUCACCGACAAGCUCAUGAUGGACGGCCACGAGGUGACUGUUGUAGACAACUUCUUCACAGGCAGGAAGAGGAACGUGGAACACUGGAUCGGCCAUGAGAACUUCGAGCUCAUUAACCACGACGUGGUGGAGCCGCUCUACAUUGAAGUUGACCAGAUAUACCACCUGGCCUCUCCAGCUUCCCCUCCAAACUACAUGUAUAACCCCAUCAAGACCCUGAAGACCAAUACCAUCGGGACACUAAACAUGCUAGGACUGGCCAAACGAGUCGGUGCUCGUCUGCUACUGGCCUCUACCUCGGAGGUGUAUGGAGAUCCUGAAGUCCACCCUCAGAGUGAGGAUUACUGGGGCCACGUGAAUCCAAUAGGACCCCGAGCCUGCUACGAUGAAGGGAAGCGCGUUGCUGAGACCAUGUGCUAUGCCUACAUGAAGCAGGAAGGCGUUGAAGUGCGUGUGGCCAGGAUCUUCAACACCUUUGGGCCACGCAUGCACAUGAAUGAUGGCCGGGUCGUCAGCAACUUCAUCCUGCAGGCGCUGCAGGGAGAGCCGCUUACGGUGUACGGGUCUGGGUCGCAGACGAGGGCGUUCCAGUACGUCAGCGAUCUGGUGAACGGCCUCGUGGCUCUCAUGAACAGCAACGUCAGCAGCCCGGUCAACCUGGGGAACCCGGAAGAACACACAAUCCUAGAGUUUGCUCAGUUAAUUAAAAGCCUUGUUGGUAGUGGAAGUGAGAUUCAGUUUCUCUCAGAAGCCCAGGAUGACCCACAGAAAAGAAAACCAGACAUCAGAAAAGCGAAGAUGAUGCUGGCGUGGGAGCCGGUGGUCCCGCUGGAAGAAGGUUUAAACAAAGCCAUCCACUACUUCCGUAAAGAACUCGAGUACCAGGCAAAUAAUCAAUACAUCCCCAAACCAAAGCCCGCAAGGAUAAAAAAAGGACGGACACGCCAUAACUGAAAACCUCACUUAUCGGGACGGGAGAUCCCGUUUCACACUUGAUGAGAUGUAUUUUUUUUUCUUUUUUCUUUUCCUUUUUUUUUUUUUUUUUGUUAAAGAAAGACUUAAACAGGUGUCAUGAAGAACAAACUGGAAUUUCAUUCAGAAGCUUGCUUUAAAGAAAUGGAUGUGCCUAAAAACUCCCCUCAGAAAACUGCAAAUUUUGCCUUGCACUUUUUAAAAUCUGUCUUUUUAUGUAAAAUAGGGUAGAUGCAUCUUUGCGUAUUUUCACGUUUUUUAUCUUGCUAUGAGAGCAUAUGUCGUGACUGUCAUUGACAGUUUUAUUUACUGGUUUCUUUGUGAAGCUGAAAAGGAACAUUAAAUGGGGUGAAAAAUGCCAAUUUUAUUUAUAAAAGUGGGUACUUAUAAAUGAGACAUUAUACUAUGCAUAAAGACAAAAACAAACAAACAAACAAAAAAUUUAGCAGGAUUGUCAGGUGGGUGACACACCGGCAUUUAUUCUUCAGGCAGAUGAAAGAAUUCUGUUUGAGAGCUUUAUGUUUCUUUUAAUUCAGAAUUUUUCCAAGGUCUAGUUUUUAGUUGCAAACUUGACUUUGAAAUACUUCCGUUGGUUAUCACGAUCAAGGAUAUUUGAAAUCACUACUGUGUUGUGCUGCGUAUUUGGGGCGGGGGUGGGGGGACAAAGUUAACGUAUUCUUGGUUAAAAGUGGUUAAAUAUGCUAUUUUAAUAAAAUAUUGGAACACACUGG